AUGGAAGUUGAGAAUCAGAGCCCCAACGGUGAAAUGGCAUUUGCUAGUUCAAACCACGCAAGGAUGGAGCCUGGGAGCCCUGUGCGUCAGAUGCCUUUAAGGUCGCAGUAUCACGAGAGGCAUAUCAUGACAAAUGCUUGUGUCGUUCCAGACCGUGUUGAAAUGGAGGUUGAGAGCCCACCGGGUUUGGGCUCUCCUGGCUUGCAGAAUCAGUCCCCUUUCGCAGCUGUGGCUUCUCCGAUAGCAAGUCCUGGAGGAAUGGGCGCUGGCUGUCUCGGGUAUCACAUGGCCGAUAGUCCUGCCUGGGUUCUCACCCCAAGCCCUGUUCGCAAUAUUACAAGGCGUAUCCAACAAAUGGAUGGCCCAUCAGGAAGGUUAGGGGUUGCAAUGCCACCUUCUGUUGCAGCUGGGCAUGCUUUGAGGGAAACACCAAGCCCUCUGAUGUUAGCACUGGGGGAGUUAAAAGAGUUUGUUCGGAUAUUCCUCAUAUAUGUGUACCAUGGAGAGUAA